AGGAGGUCUGUCGCUUAUUGAAGGGAGCACAGAUUAUAUGACCGGAUCUGUCUCAAUGAAAGGCUUCAGGGCACAGUAUUGCUCUUAGAAAGGCAUUGCAACAACGUUUGGAAAAAGCCUCUGCGGAUUUCUAUCGCUGUUUGUGCGUCCGCAGCCAUGAGCUCAGCGGAGGGACUGGAAGAAGCUGCGAAGGACGCGGCAGACAUAGCGGCGUUUUUCAAAUCCGACUGCUCACUUCCAAAAUGUGACUCCAAGCUGGAUGGCCCAACUCAAACCUCAGGGUUUCAUCGCAAUGAGGAUCUGAAGGCAAUUGAUGUGCUUCCCAUUCUGAAGGAGAAAGUUGCUUUUUUAUCAGGCGGCAGAGACAGGCGUGGGGGUCCGGUCCUAACCUUUCCAGCACGAAGCAACCAUGACAGAAUACGACCUGAAGACCUUCGCAGACUGGUGGCCUACCUGGCUACUAUCCCUAGCGAGGAAGUGGCCAGACAUGGAUUCACAGUCAUUGUGGACAUGCGUGGUUCCAAGUGGGACAGCAUCAAGCCUUUACUAAAGAUUCUCCAGGAAUCCUUCCCAUCCUGCAUCCACGUUGCGCUCAUCAUCAAACCGGACAACUUCUGGCAAAAGCAGAGGACGAACUUUGGCAGCUCCAAGUUUGAAUUUGAGACGGUGAUGGUCUCUUUAGAGGGGUUAACCAAAAUCGUGGACCCGUCCCAGCUGACAGCGGACUUUGAAGGCAGUUUGGAGUACAACCAUGAUGACUGGAUUGAGGUGCGGCUUUCAUAUGAGACGUUUGCCAGUGAUGCUGCUCGAACCCUGGCCCGACUAGAGGAGCUACAGGAGACUCUGUCCCAGCGAGAUCUGCCCAGAGACUUAGAAGGAGCGCGGAGAUUGAUGGAGGAACAUGCAGCACUGAAGAAGAGAGCUACCAAAGCAUCAGUGGAGGAGCUAGACACCCAAGGGAGAAGGUUACUCCAAAGACUACAGACACAUAGCACGGGAAGUAGCAGUGAUGGUGGAUACAGUAACCGCUCAAUUGGAGCCAGCGGAGAAUCGAAUGACCACCAUCAUCUCAGCUGUCACGUGCAUGCCGACGCUCACAAUCUAGUGGCCAAAGUGACGGGUUUGUUGGAUAAACUUCACGGGACACGUCAGAACCUGCAGCAGCUGUGGCACAUGAGGAAACUCAAGUUGGACCAGUGUUUUCAGUUGCGGCUAUUUGAGCAGGAUGCUGAGAAAAUGUUUGACUGGAUUAUGCACAACAAGGGGCUUUUCCUCACCAGCUACACAGAGAUAGGAGGGAACCACCAGCAUGCAGUUGAACUACAAACCCAGCACAACCACUUUGCUAUGAACUGUAUGAAUGUGUAUGUGAACAUUAAUCGAAUCAUGUCUGUGGGAAACCGGCUGCUGGAGUCGGGCCACUAUGCAUCACAGCAGAUCCAGCAGAUCUCAGGUCAGCUGGAGCAGGAGUGGAAGGCCUUUGCUGCAGCCCUGGACGAACGCAGCACUCUGUUAGAAAUGUCUGCCAGCUUUCACCAGAAAGCUGAUCAGUAUAUGAGUAAAGUGGAGCCCUGGUGUAAGGCAUGUGGUGAAGGGGAUCUUCCAUCUGAGCUCCAGGAUUUAGAAGACACAAUACACCAUCAUCAGGGCCUAUAUGAACACAUUACCACUGCAUAUUCAGAGGUGAGUCAGGAUGGCAAGUCUCUUCUGGACAAACUGCAGCGACCUUUGACCCCAGGAAGUGCUGAUUCCUUGAUGGCAUCGGCGAACUACUCUAAGGCAGUGCACCACGUUCUGGAUAUCAUUCAUGAGGUUCUGCAUCACCAGAGACAGCUGGAAAACAUUUGGCAACAUCGCAAAGUCCGUCUGCAUCAGCGCCUGCAACUCUGUGUCUUCCAGCAAGAUGUACAACAAGUGCUGGACUGGAUUGAAAACCAUGGUGAGGCUUUUCUCAGUAAACACACUGGGGUUGGAAAAUCUUUGCACCGAGCCAGAGCGCUACAAAAAAGGCAUGAAGACUUUGAAGAAGUAGCCCAGAACACCUACACAAAUGCAGACAAGUUGCUGGAGGCAGCAGAACAGUUGGCACAGACCGGAGAGUGUGACCCAGAGGAGAUCUACCAGGCAGCCCAUCAGCUUGAAGACCGCAUCCAGGACUUUGUGAGGCGCGUGGAGCAGAGGAAAGUCCUGCUGGACAUGUCUGUGGCCUUCCAUACACACGUCAAAGAAUUGUGGACAUGGCUGGAGGAGCUUCAGAAAGAGCUGCUAGACGAUGUGUAUGCAGAGUCGGUGGAGGCUGUGCAAGACCUGAUCAAACGCUUCGGUCAGCAACAACAGACCACUCUUCAGGCAACUGUCAAUGUCAUCAAGGAGGGAGAAGACCUCAUACAACAACUUAGAGACUCUGCCAUUUCAAGCAAUAAGACCCCUCACAACAGCUCUAUGGCUCACAUUGAGAGCGUGCUGCAGCAGCUGGAUGAGGCCCAGGGACAGAUGGAGGAGCUGUUCCAGGAAAGAAAAAUCAAACUUGAGCUCUUCUUACAACUCCGCAUCUUUGAACGGGAUGCCAUUGAUAUCAUUUCAGAUUUGGAGUCAUGGAAUGAGGAGUUGUCCCAGCAGAUGAGUGACUUCGACACAGAGGACUUGACAUUAGCAGAGCAGAGAUUACAGCACCAUGCAGACAAGGCGCUCACCAUGAACAACCUUACCUUCGACGUCAUCCACCAAGGCCAGGAGCUGCUGCAGUAUGUCACUGAGGUCCAGGCAUCAGGUGUGGAGCUGUUGUGCGACCGGGAUGUGGACAUGGCCACUCGGGUACAAGACCUCCUGGAGUUCCUUCAUGAGAAGCAGCAGGAGCUGGAUGUGGCAGCAGAGCAGCACAGGAGGCACCUGGAGCAGUGUGUGCAGCUCAGGCAUUUGCAGGCUGAGGUCAAACAGGUCCUUGGUUGGAUCCGUAAUGGUGAAUCGAUGCUCAACGCUGGUCUCAUCACUGCAAGUUCAUUACAAGAAGCUGAGCAGCUGCAGAAGGAGCAUGAGCAAUUCCAACAUGCCAUAGAGAAAACCCAUCAAAGUGCUCUGCAGGUUCAGCAAAAGGCUGAAGCCCUUCUCCAAGCAAACCACUAUGACAUGGACAUGAUCAGAGACUGUGCUGAGAAGGUGGCAGAUCACUGGCAGCAACUGAUGCUGAAAAUGGAGGAUCGACUCAAGCUGGUCAAUGCCUCAGUGGCCUUUUACAAGACGUCUGAACAGGUGUGCAGUGUACUGGAAAGUCUGGAACAGGAAUACAAAAGGGAAGAGGACUGGUGCGGAGGAGCUGAUAAACUGGGGCCUAACAGUGAAACUGACCAUGUUACCCCAAUGAUCAGCAAACAUCUAGAGCAGAAGGAGGCUUUCCUUAAGGCCUGUACUUUAGCCAGACGCAAUGCUGACGUUUUCCUCAAGUACCUCCACAGAAACAGUGUGAAUAUGCCUGGGAUGCUGUCUCAUGUUAAGGCUCCAGAGACUCAGGUUAAAAACAUUUUGAAUGAGCUGCUGCAAAGAGAAAACAGAGUGCUCCACUUCUGGACUAUGAGAAAAAGGCGAUUGGACCAGUGCCAGCAAUAUGUGGUAUUCGAACGGAGCGCCAAACAGGCCCUGGAGUGGAUCCAUGACACUGGGGAGUUUUACCUGUCCACGCACACCUCUACCGGCUCCAGCAUACACCACACACAGGAGCUGCUGAAGGAGCACGAGGACUUCCAAAUCACAGCCAAGCAAACCAAAGAACGGGUAAAGUUGUUGAUCCAGCUGGCUGACGGCUUCUGUGACAAAGGCCACGCCCACGCCCUAGAGAUAAAGAAAUGGGUCUCCUCAGUGGAUAAACGAUAUCGAGACUUCUCUGUUCGCAUGGACAAAUACAGAACUUCCCUAGAAACGGCACUGGGCAUUUCUUCUGACUCCAACAAGGCUAGUAAAGAUCUUCAAUUGGACAUUAUUCCUGCUAGUGCACCGGGGUCAGAGAUCAAGUUAAGAGAUGCUGCUCAUGAACUAAAUGAAGAAAAGAGGAAGUCUGCUCGGCGGAAGGAAUUCAUCAUGGCUGAGCUGAUUCAGACUGAAAAGGCAUAUGUUAGAGACUUACGGGAAUGUAUGGAUACCUACCUGUGGGAGAUGACCAGUGGUGUGGAGGAGAUUCCUGCAGGCAUUGUCAACAAAGAACACAUUAUCUUUGGGAACAUGCAAGAUCUCUACGAGUUUCAUCACAACAUCUUCCUUAAAGAGCUAGAGAAGUAUGAGCAGCUUCCAGAGGAUGUUGGCCAUUGUUUUGUUACUUGGGCUGAUAAGUUCCAGAUGUAUGUGAACUAUUGCAAGAACAAACCAGAUUCCACUCAGCUCAUCCUGGAACAUGCAGGACCCUACUUUGAUGAAAUACAACAAAGGCAUCGUCUAGCUAAUUCCAUCUCUUCUUACCUCAUUAAACCUGUUCAAAGAAUUACAAAGUAUCAGCUUCUCCUAAAGGAGUUGCUGACCUGUUGUGAAGAGGGUAAAGGUGAAAUCAAGGAUGGUCUUGAAGUCAUGCUAAGUGUUCCUAAGAGAGCUAAUGAUGCCAUGCACCUCUCUAUGCUAGAAGGGUUUGAUGGCAACAUUGAUUCCCAGGGAGAGCUGAUUCUCCAAGACUCGUUCCAGGUCUGGGAUCCAAAGACCCUGAUUCGAAAGGGCCGUGACCGCCACCUCUUCCUGUUUGAGAUGUCUUUAGUUUUCAGCAAAGAAGUCAAAGACUCAAAUGGGCGUAGCAAGUAUCUCUACAAGAGCAAGCUCUUUACCUCAGAGCUGGGAGUAACAGAGCAUGUGGAGGGAGAUGCUUGUAAAUUUGCUUUAUGGAUUGGCAGGACUCCAACAUCUGACAACAAGAUUGUCCUCAAGGCUUCGAGUCUGGAGAAUAAACAGGACUGGAUCAAACACAUCCGGGAGGUCAUCCAAGAACGAACGGUCCACCUGCGUGGGGCACUGAAGGAGCCCAUUCACAUCCCCAAAGCCACUGCCACUAAGCUCAAAGGCAGACGGGAUGGAGAGGAACUGGAUAGUCAGGGAGAUGCCAGCAGCCAGCCUGAUACUAUCUCUAUUGCCUCACGGACGUCCCAGAACACACUGGACAGCGAUAAGUUGUCCGGCGGCUGUGAGCUGACCGUGGUCCUGCAUGACUUUGUGGCCAGUAAUGGGACAAGUGGAGAGCUGACGGUCCGCAGAGGGCAGACAGUGGAGGUCCUGGAGAGGCUGCAUGACAAACCUGACUGGUGCCUAGUCCGCACCACUGACCGCUCUCCAGCUCAAGAGGGCAUCGUGCCCUGCUCCAUGCUCUGCAUCGCACACUCUCGCUCUUCUAUGGAGAUGGAAGGCCUCUUCAACCACAAAGAUACACUUUCAGUAUCCAGUAAUGACGCACUUCAGCCUGGUUCCAGCCAUACCCUGGGUCCACACAGCUCCCCUGGUCCAAAACGUCCAGGGAACACUCUCAGAAAAUGGCUGACCAGUCCAGUGCGGCGGCUCAGCUCUGGUAAAGCAGACGGACAUGUCAAGAAGCUCGCGCACAAACACAAGAAGAACCGUGAGGGAGCCAGAAAGAACAUGGACACCAUCCCAGGAUCGCAGAAAGAUUCAGACGACAGUGCAGCCACUCCACAAGACGAGACUCUUGAGGAGCGUAUGCGUAAUGAAGGCCUUAGUAGUGGCACACUGUCGAAGUCUUCAUCCUCGGGCAUGCAGAGCUGUGGAGAAGAGGAAGGAGACGAAGGAGCAGACGCUGUUCCUCUUCCUCCUCCAAUGGCCAUCCAGCAGCACAGCUUACUGCAGCCAGACUCACAGGAUGACAAGACUGCAUCUCGUUUGUCUGGUCGACCCAGCAGCUCAGAAACACCUAGUGCAGCUGAACUCGUCAGUGCCAUCGAGGAACUUGUGAAGAGCAAGAUGUCCCUUGAGGAUCGUCCCAGCUCACUGUCAGUGGAGCAAGGGGACAGCAGUUCCCCAUCACUUAACCCCUCUGACAACUCACUCCUGUCCUCUUCUUCGCCCAUUGAUGAAGUUGAUGAGCGCAAGUCUGGCUUCCUCAAGAGGAGACAUUAUGUGCUUCUGGAGCUGGUGGAGACUGAGAGGGACUAUGUCAGGGACUUAGGAUCAGUAGUAGAGGGUUACAUGAGCCGAAUGAAGGAGGAGGGAGUCCCAGAUGACAUGAAAGGAAAAGAUAAAAUUGUGUUUGGAAACAUUCAUCAAAUUUAUGACUGGCACAAAGAUUUUUUCCUGGGAGAACUGGAGAAAUGCCUUGAGGAUCCCGAUCGAUUGGCACAAUUAUUUGUCAAACAGGAGAGAAGGCUACACAUGUACAUUGUAUACUGCCAGAACAAGCCUAAAUCUGAGCACAUAGUGUCUGAAUACAUAGACACUUACUUCGAAGACCUAAAACAGAGAUUGGGGCACAGAUUACAACUCACUGACUUGCUUAUCAAACCAGUACAGCGCAUUAUGAAAUACCAGCUUCUACUAAAGGAUCUUCUAAAAGUCUCAAAGAAGGCUGGUGUGGACACAACAGAGUUAGAGAAAGCUGUGGAGGUCAUGUGUGUUGUCCCCAAGCGCUGCAAUGACAUGAUGAAUGUUGGCCGUCUUCAAGGCUUUGAUGGUAAAAUUGUUGCACAGGGCAGAUUGCUCCUCCAGGACACUUUCAUGGUUUCAGACCAAGAUGGAGGACUCUUAUCGAGAAUGAAGGAAAGGAGAGUCUUCCUGUUUGAGCAGAUUGUUAUCUUUAGUGAACCCUUGGACAAGAAGAAGGGCUUUUCGUCUCCUGGCUACCUCUUCAAAAAUAGCAUCAAGGUGAGCUGCUUGGGUUUGGAAGAAAACACAGAAGACCCCUGUAAAUUUACACUGACCUCCAGAUCCUCCACUGGCAGCAUCGAGAGGUUCACAAUCCACUCAACCAGCCCUGGAGUCAGUCAAGUCUGGGUGCACCAAGUCAGCCAAAUCCUAGAAAACCAGCGCAAUUUCCUCAAUGCUCUGACCUCCCCCAUAGAGUACCAGAGGAAUCAUGUGGGCGGUUCAAGCGGUCCUCCCAGCAGUAGCAGUGGUAGCGGGGGUCACGCAGGAGGCAGCAGUCCCAACAGCACAUCUACCAUGGGUGGAGGCGGCGGAGGAGGGGGCUCUGGCGUAACUGGAGGAAACUCUCUCUGUGGCCCUCGCACUCGCCCCUCUCGCAUCCCACAGCCCUCGUCCCGCCUGCCCCAGCCUGUACACCAUCACCACCACCCGGGCUCUGAGGGGCCCGACCGAUCAGCAGGUAUGUGGUCCAACAGCCCACCUCAGCCCCUCUCCUCUAACCCCUUCAUAGAGACUAAUGGAGAAGUAUCUAAAGCAGAAGGUCAAAAACUGGAGACAGUAGAUAAUGUUUGUGGAGCCAACAGUAAUAACAGUAACAAAGUAUCAAGCAGCACCGAUGCAGGAAUUCGCCAAGGAGGAGGUGCCGAGGAUGCCCUAAAACCCGUUACUAAACCUCAAAGAGCAAUUGCACCUUUGAACUUGUCCCUUAAAAGCCCUCGAGUGGGAACAGUAGCGCCUAUGAUGUCUCAAUCCGUGGGAGGGAAAGACUCGCCAGCAAGCCCAGCCCAUAAAGGCAACCCUUUCUGGGCUGUGGUCCCUCCAGUGGUGUCUCCUUCUCCAGCAGGACGUCCAGCUUCCUUCUCUUUCCCAGGGGAGGGAGACAGAAGCAGCCAUGGCACACCCCCUCAUCAUCGCCACUCCACUCACAGUAAAGACACAGACCGGAUGAGUACCUGCUCCUCCACCAGUGAGCAGUCCAUACAGUCCACCCAGAGUAAUGGGAGUGAAAGCAGUAGCAGCAGCAGUGUGUCCACCAUGUUGGUGACCCAGGACUAUGUGGCAGUGAAGGAGGAUGAGAUCAGUGUGGCGCAGGGUGAGGUGGUCCAGAUUUUGGCCAGUAACCAACAGAACAUGUUCUUGGUUUACCGAGCAGCCAAUGAGCAGAGUCCUGCUGCUGAGGGUUGGAUACCUGGCUAUGUCCUGGGACACACCUCCUCCUCCACCACAUCUGAGCUCACUGAAGGAACCAUCCGAAAAUCAUUAUCAUGGCAUACAGCACUUCGCAUUCGCCGAAAAUCUGAGAAAAAAGAUAAGGACGGUAGAAAGCUAGAAAAUGGCUACCGCAAGUCUCAAGACAGCCUCGCCAAUAAAGUCUCUGUCAAGCUCCUAAAUCCCAACUUCAUCUAUGAUGCCUCUCCAGAGUUCCUGGUUCCUGUUAACGAUGUGUCAUGUGAAAGUGGUGACAGCGUUACUCUGAGGUGUAAAGUCUGUGGUCGACCCAGGGCCUCAGUCACAUGGCGUGGCCCAGAAAACAACAUCCUCAGUAACAAUGGACACUAUAGCAUCACAUACAGUGAGACAGGUGAAGCAACUCUUCGCAUACUGGGGGUGACAGUAGAAGACAGUGGCGUUUACACUUGCGUUGCCACAAAUGUAGCAGGAUCUGGCUCCUCUUCAGCUAAUCUCAAAGUCACAGGAAUUUAUGAAGACAGCAGCUGGAAAGGCAACUUUGAGCUUUAUUACACAGAGAUAACUGAACUGGGAAGGGGUCGGUUCUCCGUGACCAAACGGUGUGACCAGAGAGGCAGUAAACGGACCGUUGCAGCGAAACAUGUGAACAAGAAGCUUCAGCGCAGAGAACAAGUGCAACAGGAAGUUCGACUACUGCAGACUGUGGACCACCCCAACCUGGUCCGCCUGCUGGACACGUAUGAAACCGCCAACAGCUAUGUACUGGUGCUUGAGAUGGCUGAUCAGGGACGCUUUCUUGACUACAUAGUGAGCUGGGGCAACUUAACAGAGGAAAAAGUGGCUCUUUAUCUUAGAGACAUUCUUGAGGCUCUACAUUACCUACACAGCUGGAGAAUAGCACAUCUGGAUAUAAAGCCGGAAAACAUUCUGGUGGAGCAUGCUUCCUCCCAGCCUGUGAUCAAGCUGGCAGACUUUGGCGAUGCUGUUUACCUGAGCCAAUCUUCCUCUCACAUUCACCAUCUUUUGGGAAACCCUGAGUUUUCUGCUCCCGAGGUCGUCCUGGGUCAGCCUGUCUCACUGACAUCGGAUCUCUGGAGCUUAGGGGUGGUGACGUAUGUGUUGCUAAGCGGUGCAUCUCCUUUCCUGGAUGAAAGUUUGGAGGAGACUUGUCUGAACAUCUGCCGGCUGGACUUCAGUUUUCCUGAGGACUACUUCCAGGGUGUGACCAUGGCUGCCAAGGAUUUUGUGUGUUUGCUGCUCCAGGGUGAACCGGACCGCCGCCCCUCCGCUGGUCUGUGCCUGCAGGACCCCUGGCUCCAGUCACGUGGGCUUAUCAAUGGAGAUUACCACCAUCAAGCCCUGCCACAGAACCACCACAGUGCCCCCUUGGACACAUCCAGGCUCAUCUCAUUCAUUGAAAGACGUAAACACCAGAAUGAUGUUCGGCCAAUAGCUUCUAUUAAGUCCUUCCUACAUAGCCGCCUGCUGAACCACAUGUAAGCAACUAUAAAUAAAGAUACAUGUAGCCAUUGAUAACAUUGAUAUUUUUUUUCUGAAGCUGUAAAUAGGAUUCAGUUGAGCUGAAUCCAAAAUUUGGGGAAUUUCAUCAUCACCUCCAUGAUGUCCUCCUCCUUUUCUUGCCUCUAAAGUCCUGCUGCUGCUGACUAACCUCUGCUGAGAAAACCCUACAUGUUUCUUCUCCUCCCCCUUUGAACAUUAGGCAUAUGCUGUCAAUAUGCCGGCACAAACUUACUGUUGGAAUCUGAGAUUUCAUAGUUUUGACUUUGCAGGGAGAAGCUUUCUCAUCAAAGCCAGCACGAUCAGCGUCGUGUUUUGUGACAGUGUUAAACCGAAACUAGAAAACUGUAAAUUAAGAGUUAUUCAGGCUGCUUUCAGUUCAUAAAUGUUUUUCUUUUUUGUAACGAGAGAUUACCUUUUGUAAAUGUAAUGGUGUACAGUAAGAAAACAGAACUGUCUUUAUUCAUACCUUUUAGAAAGCUAAAGUGAGGAAGCGAAGAGUGGCCAUUAGCAGGUCAUUAGAACAAGAUGAAGACCAAAACCAUGUUUCCAUACAUGCAUUGUAUUAUCAUUUAGUGCAAUAGUUUGCUUAAUGUUAUGGCCCUUGUUUAUUACAAAAAAAUAAAUGAUUUUAUUUUAGUUGGAUUUGGAGAGUUGUUAAAGCUAUUGGGCAUCUGCUUUUGCAGAUUUUUACUCGCAUCCGCCUUAUUUGUAUAUAAAGUACUGCCUUUCAUCUUAAAGGAUUUGUCAAACAAAAGCUAGUCAGCAUUAGUGGAUUCAUGCAGUUCACUUUGAACAAACAAAAACAUGGUUGUAGUUUGCAUUAUUUCUCAUGUGCAAUGUUGCAGCUUUAACAUUUAUGCAACUAUUUAUGAACACUUGUGUUGUAGUUGUAUUAAAAAGGCAUGUACAUACUGGUACUGCGAUAGAUGUCUGUAUUGUGUUAACUCUAUUAAGUUCAGUAUUAAAAUCUGAAACCUGGCGUUGUUUUAUGUGGAAUAACUGCAUUACUAUAAAAUAUAGGCACUUAUGCUUUCAUUGUUAUAUUUUAUGUAACAAUACCAAAGUCGACUUUUUUUCCUUUUUAAUUUAUAAGCACACUAAACCCAGAUAUGUAUGUGUUUACAUAGAUUCAGUCUGUUUUUUGUUUUGUUUUUUUAUUUAUUUGUCUUGUAAUUAAUAAUUUGUGUGAUGUUAACAAUGAGAAAUAUUCCACUUGUCUGUUACGAAGCUGUGCACAAAGUGGUUUACUGUGUGAGUUUGGCGUUUGUAGAUAGAUGCUGGCGUAUGUUGCAUAGAAUUUCUUGUUUAUAUUGAACUAUAUGGGGCAGACAUUGGACAGACUUGAGUAAGCAAUAAGUCUGUAACACAUGUUUUCUUGCCCAGUCAACUUAAAAUUCUGAACAAAGCAUAUUACAAAGAAAUUACAGUUCUUUUAAAGUCCUUAGGCAAAACUUUCCAAGGAUUUUUUUUUUCUUUUUAAGUGCCAGUAGAUUUACUCUAGUGUAAGGGAGUGAUCUAACUAUUCAUUCUGAAGGUCAUUUUUAUUUAAUUUCUCAAUAACAUCUUCAGUGUUGUUUUGUAUAGUCCUGUCUCUAAUAUUUUAUUUAUUAUGUAAAUGUGGGUCUCUUGUUCUGUCAAUCAAAUCUCACAAUAAUGAAAAAGAUGAAGUAAUAAAAUGCCUUGGAUAAACCUGGUCUUGUCCCAAUGUAAAGAUGUACAGAGAGGCUGAGCUGUAACCUCAUAACUACUGUAUGUCCUGUUUUAAAUACACAUUGUACCAGGCUGCAGCAAUGUCGAUUUGAAUGUCUAUUCUACUUACUUAUGUUUAAUUUUGCAUGUAUAUUUCUCUGUACAGAAGAUUGUGUUUAAAUGUUACUAUGUGUUGUAAAUAUUUUUAUUUUGUCCUGUUAAUUUGCCAUUAAAUGUACAAUGAGCAACAA